GGGGGCUGGCUGCCACUGGCCGCCAUGGAGAAGGUCGCCAAGAUCGUGGGGCAGCACGAGAUGAAGGUGUACGAGGUGGCCACCUUCUACACCAUGUUCAACCGCGAGAAGCGGGGCAAGCACUUCAUCCAGCUCUGCGGCACGACGCCGUGCAUGGUGUGCGGCUCGGAGGACAUCAAGAAGACCAUCAUGGACGAGCUCGGCAUCAAGAACGGAGGAACAACGGCGGACGGCAUGUUCACGCUGUUGGAGGUGGAGUGUCUUGGAGCUUGCGCGAACGCGCCCAUGGUGCAGAUUAACGACGACUACUUCGAGUGCCUCACACCUGAGACCAUGAAGGAGCUUCUGGAGAAGUGCAAGAACGGCGAGACGCCGGAGAUGGGCCGGUGGGGCAGCUUGCCGCUCAACGGACAAGUCAGCUGCGAGGGACCGGGAUUCAUGAUGCGGAAGGACUUGGAGCAGAAGGUCGACCCUAGGUCGGUCAAGGACCACAUGUGCUACUGAUGAUACCGUGGGGCUGAUUUAGCGUGAUCUGGUUGUGAUGGUUGCCGCUGCUGUGCGGCGGCGGCGUGCGAGAGAUAGGGGCGGCGACACGCGCUCGUUGUGCGUGAUCUUAAACGCGCUUUGAUUGGCGGGGUGCUGGUGGCAAUGGUGUAUGGGCGGCGAACAAGUAAAGGGGGGUGGGGGUGGGGGGUGGGGGGGCUGUAGCUGGGGUUAAGCAUGCAAGGGCUUGCUUUUGUGCGGUGUAGGCGGCGAGGGCAGGAGAGGCGGCAAUGAGGAGAUUUUAUGAUCGGACGAAUACUCUUGUGUGUUGCCGUAAUGCAUGCUCAAUUCGUUGCUCGAACUCUCGUCUCGUGAGAGCGUUUGCCGCUGACAAACCUGACCAACGCCGUGAAAAACGUGUUGUCGUUUCAUUUUAGCGAAUUAGUUUUUCCUUGUUCUGUCGGCGAGAGGUUUGGCGUUUGUCGGUUCUGGUAGGCGUUGAUGCGAAGACGCGGGCCGAUGAAGGGUUGAGUGUUCUCUGGGCGGUUGUAGCGCUUGCUAGUCAAUCACUCAUAUGCUUGGAAGAGGCUUCCUCCAAUCCACCAGCAGCAGCGGCCGUAGACAGGGAAGGAAAUGCACCAUCAACAUAGUGCCAACAGCAAGGACAAAACAUCUGUAGUUUUUUUUGACGUUGCUUUCGCGAGAGAUUGAUCUGAGAUGAAGCAUUCGUGCUUGUUGUGCUUCCUUUCCAUAAGGGCCGCUCUCGGCAGCUCAAGUACUUCAGCACCGGCGGCAACCCAGUUAGGGCGCUCGAUGUAGGGUACUGAAAACAAAAGGCGAACCAAGUAUACCCGUGAUGCACAGCAGCGUCAUGCGUCAACCAAAAGGUCCACUCCAUCCCUCACAACACCGCG